AAGGAAAAAAGCAAAUAGGAAAUAAAAACAAGUGAUUGGAUAAUUUUUGUUUGUUGAUCCCGCGGUCUUUGUUUGGUAAAAUGGUGAAAACUUAGUUAACGCAACUUAGAUGUGCUCAAAUUUUGGUUAGUGUUCUUCGUGGCUUGUUUAAAACCAUAUAUAAACAAACUCUAAACGCCGUUAACCCUUAUGCGCGUGUGUGUUAGCUUGCGGCUUUUUUUUGGGUGUGGAAUAGUUUGUUAUUGUUGUUGUUGCAAACACGUAUAUUUGUGCUGCGCUAUGCAACAACAAUUUGUCGCUCAUACUUUUUGCCUGAUUUUACGUACAGUGUUCUCUCUCUAAAUCGCAUAACAAGUAUUUAUUUUGAAUAAAUUUCGAAAACUAAAAAAUUUCCAAAGAGCGAGUGCUGUUAUUAAACUGUAAAAAUUCAAGAGUAUUUUAAUAUUGCAACACUUCUUGUUGCUAAAGUUUCACCAUAUCGAGUGAUCACCGCCCCCCACCAGCAUCCCCUCUCCGAAACCACCCCCCCUUCCCGGCGACAGACAAACAGCCAGGGGAGCGAAGGAGACACAAGACAAGUGCAUCGCAUUUUGCCAGGAGAGGAGCAGCAUCACCCUUCUCGCAUCGCCCGUCGCCCAUUGCAUUUCGCAUCUCGCAUCAUUGGAAUUAAUCAAGUGAGCUCCUCAUUCGCGUGCUGCGGCCAAAGGGAACAACAACAAGUGAUGGAGCAGCGGAACUAGCCAACCGACCGACUGGCUGUGUCGCCCGCAAAAGGACAUCGAGAGCACAAAAGAGAGGAGCAGCAAACACGCCCAUCGGCGGAAGGCAACACAAAGCACACACACAUCCACACACACACAUAUGCAAACGUCCUUGGCUCCUGGACGCCAACAACGGAUGUGCGGGAGGGCGCAGGACGAAGGAUAGCUGACGUCUGAGACAAGAAACAACAGGAAGAAGACAACAGCAGCAAUAGCGCCUACAACAACAGCAACCGACAAACGCAAUUACGGUAAAAGGUGCGCCCAACAACAUGGCAGAAGCAGCGGCAGGAGGUGGCCCUAUUGGAGGAGCAAGUGGUCCCAGUGGAGGAGGUGGCAACGACAUCGGUUUAGGCAUCGGCAUCGAGAUGCUCAAGGCUCUGUACGACUUCCAGGCGGUCUAUCCGAAGACCAUCAGUUUCGAUGAGGGCGAGUACUUCAUCCUCUACCAGACGUCCGCCCGCCAGCGCAAUUGGUGGCAGGUGGUCAGCAUGAAAGGCAACAUUGGCUUUGUGCCCUCCAAUUACGUAAUGAAGAUUAAGGUGGAGCACGACUUUCUCAUCAGCUUUCUGAACUCCUCGAUAGAAUCGCUGGAGAAGUGCACGGACCAUGAGAUCAAUGGCAUCAUGUCCAAGGACGAACUGCUGGACAGGCUGCGCGAGAAGAAGCACACCAUGGAGCGCCUGUAUGCGGAGAGUUCCGAACGCGACGGUGACUCCUCGCUCUCCUAUUCACACAGCUACAGUGACAAGGGUAGCCACCGGCACUCGCAUCCCCAUCCCACCCAAUCCCAGACGCAGCUUCAUUCCCAGCACAGGCAGCACAGUCCGCCGCCCAGCGGCGGCAGCGGUGGCUCCCAGCGCUUGGACAUGAGCAAGAAGAGCAUGUCCAGUCCAGCGGUGGGCUCAUCGUGCGGCCUGCCCCAGAACCAGGGCAUGAUCGAGUCGCCCAGCAUGGGCAGCAUGCAGUUCCAGGGCAGCAGCUGCACCAUCCAGACGCCGCAGCAGCAACAGCCGCUCCCAGCACCGCCAGCACCAGCUCCCUCGCCAUCGGCAGCAUCGGUCACACCCACUGCGGCAUCAACGACCAAAGCGGCCACCGGCGGUGAUGUAGCGCAGGACAAUAGCAUCACGUCGGAGCCCUCGGAGACGACAACGACCACUACGACGACCAGCGAGGAUGUGGUCACCACAUAUAAGGAGACCAGCCAAAUGAGCACCAGCCAGCAGCACAAGCCGCAAAAUGGCAGCACUGCCUCGGCGUCCAUUUCCGCAUCUGCCUCGGCCUCAGCUUUGCGCAGCAACGGCGGCAACGGCAAGGCCAACGGGAGUGCGGCCGCUCUGCACCAGGAGCUGCAGCAGGAGGAAGCGGACAGUGCGCCGGACAAGUCGGAUGAUGCCAGCGCCGUGCAAAGUGACGACGGUUGCCCGGCCAACGGAGACAGUGCGGAUAAUAGCCAGGCGCUGGACAGCAUCGACAGUCCGUCGCAUCGACAGCGCGGCCUGAGCCUAGGCAGAAUCGAGGAGGGUGCCACAGGAGGAGGCCAGCUGAAGGUGGAGUCAUCGGAUGUGUAUCAGAUUGUGGACGCCUUGCGGCGGAACACCAACCUCAGCUUCGAUCUCUCCUGCGAGGCGUUGCGCGUGGUGCUGACCAGCCUGGAGCAGCUGUACAACGGAGCCAUCAAUCCGUACCUGGAGGCGGUGGCCGUUCAUGUCACUGGCAAGGUGGCCACGCCCAAGGAGCUGCUGGGCAUUACGCACGACGCCAAGCGGUUGCAGUAUCUCUUUGCCCAGCUGGCGGACUGCAAAAACGAUACGGAGCAACGCACUUGGAUGCUCUACGAGGACGAGGAGGACAUCAUUCAGUUCCUUGAGGAGCUCGUCGAGAUUUUGAUCAAUGCUGAUGAGAGCAUCAGUUGCUACGAGAUGUCCUGCGAUCAGUACCAGAUGUUUAUCAAUCUGGUGCAGUACUAUCAGAUGGAGACGCGCUGGUCCAUCAAGCGACUGCUGCUCAAGACCUUUACGGCCGCUUGCCAUCUGGACUAUAUCAUUGUGGACAUAUUGCUGACCUCGGUGCUGCCAUUGGAGAUUGUCGAGGACAUGAAGACGCACUUCUCCAAUCUGGAUCGCUUCAAGCAGCUAGUCAAGAUGCUCACUAUUAUCUUCUCACUUGGGCAGCCCAUGCCGGUUAAUCAUCAGGAUUAUUUGGGCGUACACUUUGCCAGCUUCCUGCUGGAAAUCGUCGAGGGCAAUAAUCCGGAGGUCUUGGUGGACAUGGUCAUUGCCUUGAUCUUGGCCUUCAAUCAGCAAUUUAGCGAACACACCUAUAAUGUCAUCAUCGAAGGUAUGCAGAAUCUGCCAUCCGCCAAGGUUUUUACGGAGAAGCUGCUACUUUUGCUCAAUCGGGAGGAUGAUCCCACACGCUUGCUCAAGCAUCCCAACGAGCAUAUGAACACGGUGCUGCGAAUGUUUAUCGACAUAUUCAGCCAUCCGGAUACGGCGGGCAUGUUCUACACGAACGACAUCAAGGUGCUUAUCGAUAUAGUGGUUCGCCAGCUAUCCGAUUUGGAUGCCGGCAGUACGACGCGGCCGUGCUACUUGGAGCUGUGCCGACGCAUCCUGCGCAAUACGAACUAUCAGGAGCACCAGCAUCGCAAGCAUGAUCUCAUGAAGAUCUUCACGCGCAUCUUCUGCGAGGAGACCGAGUGCAGUGCCUCCGAUCAGCAGCUGGUGCGGGAAAUAGCGAACGAGUUUCCGCAGCUGUUCAAGGCCUAAGGAUUAAUGGAUACGUAUACCAAAACAACAACAAAAGCCGAAACCAAAAACAAAAAAAAAAACGAAGGGAAACCAAAAUUGUAAAGC